UACUUUCCUUUUCUCGUUAAAGUUUGCUAAAUUUCGAAAUAAACGUGCUUUUUCUGUGCUCACCAUGGAAUUUCUAUGCAAAUUGUUGUGUUUCGAUGACUAUAAGAAACUCGCAGAGGCAUCCAGUUCCCAGCCAAUGGAUACAUUUAGCUAUACCAUCAGGCACAAAUAUCCCAAGCGAUUGGUCACCUACGACGCCGAAGAGUUGGGUGAACGAAGACUAAUACGCAGCUCAGAUCUCAGCCAGAGUCUGUUGAGUGCCAUGCAACCGGUUUGCCCGAAGAAGGACCAGGUUAAGGAUGUGAUAAGCAAAUGCUGGCAACCCAUUUAUCCGCUCGAUGAGUUGACCAAGGGGCGUUUGGCACAGUUGGAGAAAUGUGGCAAGGCGCUGCACAAGUCGACAGUGGAAGAGCUUGGCCCGGAGCACACAGAGAGCAGCAAUUGGGAUGGCCUCAAACCGAUGCAGAAACUCAGUUUCUUUUGGCAGGCGUUGACGGGUCACAAAUUGCGUUCGACGCCCUAUGCGAAUUUCAAGCAGAUCAUCAGAAGGCGAUAUCUGAAGAGUCGUCCACAGGUCUGUGAGCGUCGACUGCGUGUUUUGGCUCGUCGCUACUGGCUUUGUUUGAGCAGCAAGGAUCGAGUGCCAUUUAAUUUGCAGGCAUUGCUCUAUCAUGUCAGCACAGGGGAUGUGGAUCCCUUCGAUCAUUGUGCUGUGCGUGUGCUCUUGAAUCGCUGGCGCUGAUGACCCUCAGCUUUCGCUGGCCAUUUGGCAUUAAAGUGUUGUCUGUGGAAAAUGUUCAGAUUUUUUCUUUCUUUGUGUGUCUUUUAAUUUUCCAGUUGCCCAAGACAUAUUCUCUUUUAUAUGAAACAGAUGCUGCUGGACUGGGUAUGCUUUAAACGGCUGUCUGUCGUGAUGGCUGCAGUCCCUUCUUUGAAUGCUCCUCUCCUCUCUCCUCACUCCCCUUUUGAUAUUUGCACUUGAAACAAAAUUGGGGAAACUGGGGAAAUGUUACAAAUCGAGGCGCCAAAAUAAUAAUGGAUCUCAACUCAUUUUGCGCACUUUUCAAGGUCAGCAUUGAAAUGGCAUUGAGCAUUAUACACUCGGAGAAAAUCAGUAACUAAUUUUGCCACCUCUAAAUAUAUAGACCUGACAAUUAUCUAAAAUCAAAUAAUAUUCCACAAAUUUCCUAAAAAUAAGAAUUGUAAAUAAGUUACAUCAAAUUAAAGAUGAAUAAUUAACUUAAACUUAAAAGACACAUUUGUAAAAAAAAAUUAACAA